AUGGACGGCGGCGAGUCGAUGGUGGGCGUCGAGGUGAAGACAACGCGGGGGUCUGAUGUGUUCUGUGGAAUGAGACGUUUUCGUGAACCAAGAGAUGCCUACGAUGACUUUGUAAAUCUGAAAAAUGAUAUGACGGCUCAGUAUUUUAAAAAUGUUUAUAGAGAUAUAACAUGCACUGCUGUAGGAAGGGGAAAUCCGACACCUCGGCGUGGCACGCCCAGACUUCCAGCGCGCCAGCCCCCCAACACAAACCAACCCGCCCAAAGCCGCCGCAUCUGCAGCCACGCUCGCCUCAUCGACGCCGCGCCCGGUGCCCCGCACAGCAACCCCGGCACGCCCGCGACCGUGCCACAGAAAGCAGGAACGAGACCACCGACACCAACAGCGCCGCACCGACGACGACGACCGACGCCGUCACGUCGUUCGGCCCGGAGCCGCUUUCUCCACCUGAAACUGAAACGCAUCCAAAUGUUCAAAACCCUGCGCCUGCGGCCCCACUCCACCCGUCGGGCCCGCGCCCACCCCUACAUCAACCCCCGGUCGCGCCACGAGACGCCCAUCUUUCGACGCCGCCCGUGCCUUUCUCCGGCGGAACCCCGGGAGGACGCGGCCCGCAUGGACAUCAAGGAGCGGAUCCGCCGCGCGCCGCGGGAGGAGGAGGAGGAGGUGGCGGCGUCGCCGCGCGGGAGGAAGGGCGGGGCGGCGGCGACGCUGCGGUGGUCCCUGCCGGCCGCGGCGCUCGUCAUCUGCGCCGUCCUCCUCCUCCUGCUCGCCGGGGGCUCCGCCGCGCGGAGGGGCCGCCUCCUCGACGCGGGUCCUUCCUCCGGCCGCGAUGGCCCGCGCCCCGUCCGGCCGCCGCGAGACGAUUUUUCUGCUUUUGUGUUUUCAGAAGAUGGCACCUCAGGAUCUCCGGAAGUUGUCAGGGACAAAUUACUUGGAGGCUUGCUAGUUCCUGGUUUUGAUGAACAAUCAUGCCUAAGUAGGUACCAAUCAGUACUGUAUCGUCGAAUAUCGCCCCACUUUCCAUCUACCUACCUCUUGGAAAGACUAAGGGAACAAGAGGCCCUCCAGAAGAAGUGCGGCCCGCAUACUGAAUUAUACAAGAAAUCUAUUGACCAGCUUAAGUCUGGUCAGCAUAUUAAGGUUAUGGACUGCAACUAUCUGGUCUGGACAGCUUACAGUGGUCUAGGGAACAGGAUCUUGACAAUUGCAUCAGCAUUUCUGUAUGCCAUCCUUACAAACAGAGUCUUACUUGUCGACGAAGAUAAAGGCACCGCAGAUCUCUUCUGCGAACCAUUUCCGGAGACUUCAUGGUUGCUACCGUCUGGUUUCCCCAUUAAGCAGUUCAAGAACUUCAGCACUGGCUCUCCCGAGAAUUAUGGAAACAUGCUGAAGAGUAAAGUUGUUCACCCUAGCCCUGCUUUUGUCUACCUUCAUUUGGCUCAUGACUAUAGUGAAUACGAUAAGCUUUUCUUCUGUGAAGAUAAUCAGCAGUAUCUUCGAACAAUCCCAUGGCUGAUCCUGAAAUCAGAUAAUUACUUUGUACCUUCACUUUUCCUGAUCCCGGCAUACCAAGAGGAACUCAUGAAGCUUUUCCCCCAGAGAGAUGCUGUUUUCCAUCACUUGGGACGCUACUUGUUUCACCCUAGCAAUGCCGUCUGGGGCAUGAUUACGAGAUACUAUGAUUCUUAUCUUGCCAGAGCUGAUGAAAAGUUGGGUAUCCAGAUCAGAGUCUUCGACACGGAAACUGGUCCGUUUCAGCAUGUCCUGGAUCAGGUCCUUGCAUGUACGAUAAAGGAACACUUGUUGCCAGAGGUUAAUACUCAAGAGCCAAUGGUCUCACCAACGAAGGCCAAGUCGAAAGUUGUUCUAGUUACUUCUUUAAACUCAGGAUACUAUGAAAAAUUCAGAGACAUGUACUGGGAACAUCCUACGGCAAAUGGUGAGACGAUUAGCUUCCACCAGCCAAGUCACGAGGAACAUCAAAACUCAGACAAGAAAAUGCACAACAGGAAAGCCUGGGCAGAGAUAUAUCUGUUAAGCUUAUCUGAUGCCAUGGUGACUAGUGCAUGGUCAACUUUUGGGUAUGUUGCCCAGGGUCUCAGUGGUUUGAAGCCAUGGCUUCUGUUCAAGCCUGAAAACCGCACUGCCCCUGACCCGCCUUGCCGCCAAGUUCUGUCCAUGGAACCUUGUUUCCAUGCUCCACCUUUCUAUGAUUGCAAAGCUAAGAGAGGAGUUGAUACGGGAAAACUUGUCCCGCAUGUAACACAUUGUGAAGAUAUGAGCUGGGGGCUUAAGCUAGUCAAUCCGAGUUAGUGGUAGAUGUGGUGCGUGUUUUCUAUCCAAUUCAUAUAUGUAUAGUGCAAGCUAAUAUAUGCUUAGUUGUGUGAUAUAGGGUACAACUCUGUUUCUAUAUUACAGGAAAGCCUUUUUUGGCUUGAUUGAUAUAGAUGCAAUUGCAUGAACUGCUGCAUUUGUUCUCAAAGAUAUGCUCUGCAGCUUGCAAGACAUGCUAGUAUAAUUUUCCUUGUCUGUAUUAUUUUCGUGUUCUGCUACUUGCAUUGAAGCAUAUGCAAAAAACCAUGGCAGCAUUUUUC